AUGGAUGAAAAUAUAAAUAAUAUUUCACAAGAAAUAGAUUCAAGAGUCUAUCAGCCAGAAAUCGAAAAAAGGGAUACUACCGAAAUUGAAACGACUGGUUUAAAACCGAAGGAUUUAGAAUCUUCAUCUUCUUUUGCAAAUACAACUUCUGCCACUACUGCCGAGCCGAUACAAGAAGAUAGAAUGAAGAAAAAGAAAAAACCUGACCCACCGGCUCUCCCUAUUAUUCCUUAUUAUAAAAUGUUUAGGUUUUCUUCUAAAUUUGACUAUCUUUUAAUGUUUGUUGGUUCUUUUUGUGCCAUUGCCAAUGGGGCUACUAUGCCUGCAAUUUCUAUUGCAUUUGGUAGGCUUUUAAAUGUUUUCUCGCCCGAUAACUUUAAAGACCCGAAUUAUGAUCUAAUGGACCAAGUUACAAAGAAUGCUUUAAUCUUUGUCUAUAUUGGUAUUGGUGCCUUUGUUUGCUCAUACUUUGAAGUAGCCUUUUGGAUGUUAACUGGUGAACGUCAAGCAAUCCGUUGUAGAAAAGAGUAUUUUAAAGCUAUUUUAAGACAAGAGAUUGGAUGGUACGAUAUUACAAAGUCCAGUGAACUAUCAUCAAGAAUUUCAUCAGAUACACUAUUAUUUCAAGAAGCAAUAGGUGAAAAGGUUGGUAAUUUUUUACAUCAUGGCUCCACUUUUAUUGCUGGUUUCGUUAUUGGCUUUAUCUAUGGUUGGCAGCUGACCUUGGUCAUUGCUGCAGUAACACCCUUAAUAUCUGCUGCUGGAGCUUUCUUAACCAAAAUGAUGAUUGGAUAUACCAUGGAGGGUCUAGCCUCAUAUGCUAAAGCUAGUGCUGUUGCUGAAGAAAAAAUUGGGUCAAUUAGAACUGUUGCAACAUUUUCCGGUGAACGAUAUGAAGCCAAUCGUUACUCUGAAUUACUUAAAGAAGCUUUGUUGGUCGGUAAAAAGAAGGGUCUUAUGGGUGGCAUAGGUAUGGGUCUUGUAUUUUUUGUUCUUUUUGGUAUUUACUCUUUAUCAUUUUGGUAUGGCGGUAAAUUAAUUGUUGACAAGCAUUGGAAUCCAGUACCGGGUAGAAAUUGGAAUGGUGGUGAUGUUUUAACCGUUAUAUUUUCAGUUAUUACUGGUGCAAUGGCUUUAGGUCAAGCUUCACCUCAUCUUGCUUCAUUUGCUAGUGGUAGAGGUGCUGCAUUUAAGAUCUAUCAGGUUAUUAAUCGUAAAUCAAAUAUUGAUCCAUUUUCAACAGAAGGUCUUCUACACAAUGAUGUUCAAGGUAAUAUCGAGUAUAGAAAUGUUUCCUUUGCUUAUCCAUCUCGUCCUGAUGUUCAAGUUUUCAAUAAUUUCAAUUUAUCAAUUAAACAAGGUCAAACUGUUGCAUUAGUUGGUGAUUCUGGUGGAGGCAAAUCAUCUGCAAUUGCUUUAUUAGAAAGAUUCUAUGACCCUAUUGGUGGAGAAAUUCUUUUAGAUGGUAUCAAUAUCAAGGAUAUCAAUGUUAAUUGUCUUAGAAGUAAUAUUGGUUUGGUUAGUCAAGAACCAGUUCUUUUUGCUACAACAAUAGCAGAUAAUAUACGUUAUGGGGAUGAAAAUGCCACAAUGGAUCAAAUAAUUGAAGCUUGUAAAGUCGCAAAUGCCCAUGAUUUUAUAAGUGCAUUACCAGAAAAAUAUGAAACGUUAGUUGGUGAAAAGGGUGUUCAAAUGUCGGGUGGUCAAAAACAACGUAUUGCUAUUGCUCGUGCUAUGAUUAAGAACCCAAGGAUUUUAUUACUCGAUGAGGCUACCUCUGCUUUAGAUACCGAAAAUGAAUAUCUAGUACAGCAAGCUAUUGAUAAAUUAAUGAAAGGUCGUACCACUAUUGUUAUUGCCCAUCGUUUAUCAACUAUAAUAAAUUCUGAUGUUAUUGCUGUUGUAAAAGAAGGUCAUAUUGUAGAGAAAGGCACCCACGGCGAACUAUUAUCUCUUGGUGGUGCAUAUACAGAGCUAUUUACAAGGCAACAAACAGAAAAGAAAGAAGUUGGCAAUAGUGAAAAUAAAAGCACCAACCCUGUAAUAGAAUCUGAAUCCACAUCAUCUAUUAGCCCCGCUGUAAAUAAUAUGGAAAUUGUUGCUGAUACAGUUAACAACCCAGCUCAAAAGAAAGAACGAUCAGUCCCAUUUAGUAGAGUUCUUAAACUUUCAAAACCAGAUUGGCCAUUCUUUGUUUUGGGUUUUAUAGGAAGUUCGAUUAAUGGUGCUUGUAUGCCAAUAUUUGCAAUUAUUUUCUCUGAAAUAUUAAAAGUUUUCCAAGAGACUGAUCAAUCAGAACUAAGCCGUGGUGCUCGAAAUAUGGCUUUGUGGUUUUUAUUGUUGGCUGUUGUCGCUGGUUUUGCAAAUUUUUUAUCAAACUAUUGCUUUACAUACAUUGGAGAAAAAUUAACAUAUAAUUUACGUAGGCUCUCGUUCGAUUCAAUUAUCCGUCAGGAUAUUGGUUGGUUUGAUUUACCCGAAAACGCAACUGGUAAACUCACCACCAAUCUUGCCACCGAUACCACAAUGGUUCAAAGUAUAACUAGCCAAAGACUUAGCCUUUUAAUUCAAAAUUCAGUUACUGUAAUUGUUGCUCUUAUCAUUUCAUUCAUUGCCGGUUGGAAACUAACACUGGUUGUGUUAGCAUGUGUACCUUUGCUCGCAUUCGCUGGUAAAGUCCAAGUAGGUUUUAUUACUGGUUUCACUAAAAAAAAUAAAGGUGCAUAUGGUGAAUGUGGUCAGGUUGCAACUGAAGCUAUAGGUGGGAUUCGAACAGUCUCAUCUUUUACAUCAGAAAAUAGAGUCCUAACUAAAUUUAGCAACAAUCUUAUUAAACCACUCCAAAUCAGUAUCAAAUCAUCAAAUAUCAGUGGUAUUUCAUUUGGAUUCUCCCAUGCAACUCUUUUUUUUAUUUAUUGUCUUACUUAUUGGUAUGGUGGUAAACUAAUCUCUGAAGGCGAAUGGAAGGCACCUAGAUCAACUAUCGAAACCUAUUGUAUACCAGCAAAUAAUUUUAAUGACUUUGGUGACUACGAUACUUGUGUAAAGGUUUACAAUACCGUCCAAGGUUAUGGCUCAAUGAUGAAAAUCUUCUUUGCAGUUAUCAUGUGCGCUAUGGGUGUAGGAAAUUCGAUGUCAUAUGCCCCAGAUAUUGCAAAAGCUAGCCAAUCAGCAACCUCGAUAUUUAGGAUAAUUGAUCACGAAUCGAAAAUAGAUCCAUUUAGCAACAAAGGUCAAACCCCAAACCAAUUGGUUGGGAAUAUAGAGUUUAGAAAUGUAUCAUUUAGAUAUCCAUCACGUCCAAAUAAAGUUGUAUUUAAUGGUUUAAAUCUAUCAGUUCCACAGGGUAAAAAAUUUGCAUUGGUUGGUGAUAGUGGUGGUGGAAAAUCUACUGUAAUUUCAUUAUUAGAGCGUUUCUAUGAUCCACUUGAAGGAUCAAUUACUUUGGAUGGUAUUGAUAUAAAGGAUAUUAACCUUAAUUGGUUACGAAGCAAUUUAGGUUUGGUAAAUCAAGAACCCUUCCUUUUUUCAGGUACAAUUCUAGAUAAUAUUAAAUAUGGUAAAAAAGAUGCAACAAUGGAGGAAGUUAUUGAAGCUGCUAAAACUGCUAAUGCCCAUGGUUUUAUUUCAGAAUUUAAGGAUGGUUAUAAUACAGAGCUUGGUGAUAAAUUUACACAUCUAUCCGGUGGUCAAAAACAACGUGUUGCAAUUGCACGUGCUAUCAUUUGCAACCCAAAGAUUUUACUAUUGGAUGAAGCUACGAGCGCUCUAGAUUCAGUUAGCGAAAAAGCUGUUCAAGAAGCUUUAGAUAAUGCAAUGAAAGGUCGUACAACCAUUGUUAUUGCCCAUCGUUUAUCAACAAUCAUUGACUCUGAUAAAAUUGCAGUUAUUAAAGAAGGUAAAGUAGCAGAAAUAGGUGAUCAUAAUUCUUUAUUAGCCCAAAGUAGUAUAUAUAGUCAAUUAAUAUCAAGACAGAUUUAA